UUCAUAUCUGACCUAAAAUCUUGGGCGAUAGCUUGACAGGACUAUAAAGUGGACCUGUGUAUAAUGCAGAUUGAAUAAAGAUGGAGGAGAAAUACAGAGUUAACAAACCCCUUUUUCUGUCGGUAUUGAAGAAUCAAAUCCUGGAACAUGAAGGGGAUAAGAAAAAAGACUUCUGGGUAAAGUCCCAAGAAAGCGAUUUUUAUAUUGCUAUCGACAGGAAUACCAUGGAAGAGGAAAGGCAAUCUCAAGUAAAGAAAAGGGUCUACCUUCAGCAGUUCCGAGACGCCAAUAAAGAGAUUAUGGAAAGAAAAUGGAUGGAGGUUAAAAACAAGAAAUAUUUAGAGAACAGGGAUGAUCGGGAGAGACUAAAAUUGGAGCCUAUUAACUGGAAUCGGACAUUACAUUGAUAUUGUAUCUAGAUAAAUCGUAUUGAAACGGGAUAGAAGCCAAUGUCUACGGAGCCUUGUGCAUUAUACAGUUUUUUUCCUUUCGACCCCAAAUAUUAGUUUUAGAGGACAGUUGCAAUGGUUUUCCUGCAGAACAAUUUUGCCCACUUAAAUUUUUAAAUCUCUUAGCAAAACAGUAUGCUAGCCACAUUUGUAUAUACCGGGUAAAUGAAUGCGGUGUAAAAGGAUGUACACGGAUCACAUAUACCAGGACAGUUAUCAUUAUAUAAAUUAUAGAUACAAGUUAGGUGAACGUACUACUGCACUCACGCUUUCUCAGUCAAUAUCCGUCAACAACUCACAAUUCUACUGUAUCCGAAUCCUAUCAUCGUUUUUAAAUCAACAAGUAAUCCAUUUAGACUGGUGAUGUGUUUGCCUCGGCGUAGUAGCGAUAUUUUACAUACCGCUAUCACGUGAUAUCACGUGAUAUCUACGUAAACCUUUUGUUUUGUUGUUACAUGUAUUUGCUACACCUAAUUAAAUGUGAAAAUCAUCUAGACAAUGGUGAACAUUUCUUCGUCAUUGUAGUAUACUGUAUAUGCAGAACUGUAAAAGCUGUCAUGUUGACGUUUGAUGUGUAUAUAGUGUCUGAUACUGACCAUGACCAGGGGCGGAUCCAGGAAUUAUAGUUACGGGGGGGGGGGCGCUAUUUUAUGAGGCAGGGGGUCUGGGGACCGCCUUGAGGUGAGACCCAGGGGGCAAAGCACCCGGAAGCUCCUGGGUUAAUUUACAGAUUUUAUAGGGCUUGAAAUAUGUCUCUCCUAUUUAGUCAUUUGUACUAUUUUCUAUCAUUUUUUAUAAGGUGAAAUUAAUCAAAUGACGCAAAUUUUAGGGUUUUUCGAAACAAUUAAGUUCUUCCAAUAAAGUAAUUCAAGAAA